UCCAACCAGCAAAUCGGAGUGCGGCCACUUGCCUGAUAGAGAUUCUCCAGUGCUUUCGACCCGGCGACACUUCUUCGAGCUUGGUUGCUCUGUGAUCAGGCCUAACAUGCCACUUCCUCGGAUAAGUCCACCACUCGUCAAUUCAGCGAACCCAUGGUGCACGACACGAGAACAUCUCCAAAAUCUAUUCGACUCGACGAACACGGGAGCAAUCACAACCCGCACAAGUCUACUCAAUGCCUUCAAGCAUGAUCCGCGCAUCCAUCAAUUCGCCUUCUUCGAUGGCGGCGACCACACAUCAAUGCUUGAUGAUUAUGAAGAAGCUGAAAUUCCGGCCUCCCACGGCGGCAGCUUGAACACUCUUGGCUAUAGUCCAAUUUCGCUCACAGCAUACCUUGACAUGAUUGAGAUUGUCAUCGCGGACUCUAAACUGCCCGACCACAUUCGCAAAAAUAAACCAGUCAUCAUAUCGGUGACCGGUAGCUCGGAUGCUGUGGUGAAGUGCUACCGCAUGAUUCAGGACGCUCAGCAGAAGUUAUCGAACCCGCUCUGCAUGGAGAUCAACCUGUCUUGCCCAAACAUACCGGACAAGCCGCCUCCAGCAUAUUCCAAGCUGGCCCUGAUUGAAUAUUUGCAAGCCGUUGCAAAUGUCCCAAAUCCAACAAGCUCCAUGAGGGUGGCAAUCGGCAUCAAGACUCCGCCCUACACCUAUCAUGACCAAUUCCAGAUCUUGAUCGACGCCUUGAAGGAGUCAAGCAGCCCAACAUGUCCCAUCGACUUCAUCACGGCAACCAACACUCUGGGCUCGAGUCUACUACUGGGAGACAUCGACGGCACUCCAGUAUUGAGUUCUGCGUCUGGUGCAGGAAUUGGAGGCAUGGCAGGAACACCUCUUCAUCCUCUGGCUUUGGGCAACGUCAGAACAAUUCGCACAAUGCUUGAUCAACACGAGGAGCUGAGGACGAUAGAUGUUAUUGGUGUCGGCGGUGUUGGGGACCUAGCUGGGUACAUGAGAAUGCGCUCAGUCGGCGCAGCCGUUGUCGCGGUCGGAACUGCUCUUGGGCGAGAAGGUGUGGCAGUGUUUGGGAAAAUAUUGCAGGCUUCGACAUAAGACGACCAUCAACUGAUGUACGAUUUUGGGGAUGGUCACCAGGGCAAUAUUCUCUGUUGGCUUUCGUCAAUGCUGAAU